UCCAAAGCCUUUCUGCCAUCACAUCACACCUCUCUCUCUCUCCAACCGGAGAGAGAAGAAGCCAAUGACGUGCGGAACUGCUUUCCAAACAUUAAAGCUCAGCAAGCUAACACCAUCGUCAACACUCCUCUCAGCCCUCCACGUCUCCAUCCUUGCUCUUAUUAAAAAUCAAAACUUUUUAUGAUCUGUGCAUUGAUUUCGCCAUUGCUCGUAUACCCACGGAUUCUGCAACAAUUCCAGUAGGGUUUUUGUGGUUUGUGUCGGGCUUUUUCCGUUCUCUGACAAUCCCUGUAGUCCCCCCUGAUAUACCGUUCUUUGCGUUUCACCGCACCUUUGCUCUCCGAUUCUUGUUUUAGAUUAUCGUUGUUUGAUCUGUCGCCGUAGAGAAGCGGCGGCGAUGGCGGACAAGGCCUCGGAGGAGGUGAUGCUCCUACACGGUGACUUGGAUUUGAAAAUCGUGAAGGCGAGGAGGCUGCCGAACAUGGAUCUGUUCUCUGAGAACCUCCGCCGCUGUUUCACCGCUUGCGACGCUUGCACCACGCCUUCGGCGAAUGUCGACUCCGCCGGUAACGGCGACGGUGACGGAGUCAGGGAUAGAGACUCUCACGGCCACCGGAAGAUCAUCACUAGCGAUCCGUACGUCACCGUCGUGGUUCCGCAGUCGACUCUCGCUCGUACUCGCGUCCUAAAAAACUCCGAGGAUCCUCACUGGAACGAGCAUUUCGUCGUGUGCUUGGCGCAUCCAUUGCCGUACCUCGAGUUCCAGGUCAAGGACGACGACGUAUUCGGCGCGGAGCUCAUCGGCUCCGCUAAGAUCCCGGCGAAGGAAAUCGCCUCCGGCCAACGCAUCUCCGGUUGGUUCCCGGUCCUCGACGCAUCGGGAAAGCCGCCGAAGAAAGACACCGCCAUCUAUCUCGAGAUGCAGUUUACGCCGUUCGAUCGGAACCCAACCUACCGCCGGGGAAUCACAGGCGAUAAAGGAACAUACUUUCCACUGAGGAAAGGAAGUCAUGUGAGGUUGUACCAGGAUGCUCACGUCAUGGACGGAAUGUUGCCGGAGAUAGAGCUGGACGACGGGAAGGUUUUCCGGCAGGAGAAAUGCUGGGAGGAUAUAUGUUACGCCAUUUCAGAGGCUCACCAUAUGAUAUACAUUGUCGGCUGGUCGGUCUUCCACAAGGUGAAGCUGGUUAGAGAACCCACAAGGCCAUUGCCGCGAGGUGGAGAUUUAACACUUGGGGAACUCUUGAAGUACAAAUCAGAAGAGGGCGUUCGAGUUUUGCUUCUUGUCUGGGAUGACAAGACUUCUCAUGAUAAGUUCGGAUUCAGAACAGCAGGAGUUAUGCAGACCCAUGAUGAAGAGACAAGGAAGUUCUUCAAGCACUCUUCUGUGAUAUGUGUCCUGUCUCCCCGUUACGCAAGCAGCAAGCUCGGGUUGUUCAAACAGCAGGUUGUGGGAACUCUCUUCACACACCAUCAAAAAUGUGUUCUUGUGGACACUCAGGCCGCCGGUAAUAACCGUAAGAUUACAGCUUUUAUAGGAGGUAUAGAUCUAUGUGAUGGUCGCUAUGAUACACCCGAGCAUCGCCUAUUCCGUGAUCUUGACACUGUUUUUAAGGAUGAUUUUCACAAUCCUACAUUUCCAAAUGGCACAAAGGCUCCAAGACAACCUUGGCAUGAUCUGCACUGCCGAAUAGAUGGACCGGCUGCAUAUGAUGUCCUCAUAAACUUUGAACAGCGUUGGAGAAAGGCAACUCGAUGGAAAGAGUUCAGCUUUCGUUUCAAAGGGAAACGUCGCUGGAAAGACGAUGCUCUGAUACGAAUAGGACGCAUCUCGUGGAUUUUAAGUCCCGCAUUUUCAAAUCUCAAGGAUGGUACUACAGUAGUUCCAAAGGAUGAUGGCCCGAUAGUUUGGGUUUCGAAAGAAGAUGACCCCGAAAACUGGCAUGUUCAGAUAUUCCGGUCUAUUGACUCAGGAUCGGUGAAAGGGUUCCCGAAAUACACUGAUGAGGCCGAGGCCGUGAAUCUUGUGUGUGCAAAACGGUUGGUCGUUGAUAAAAGCAUCCAGACUGCAUACAUCCAAGCAAUAAGAUCCGCUCAGCAUUUCAUAUAUAUCGAGAAUCAGUAUUUCCUCGGUUCUUCCUAUGCGUGGCCUUCUUAUAAAGACGCAGGAGCUGACAAUCUCGUUCCAAUGGAGUUGGCAUUGAAGAUUGCUACCAAGAUUAGAGCCAGAGAGAGAUUUGCAGUGUAUAUAGUUAUACCCUUGUGGCCUGAAGGUGACCCCAAGUCUGGCCCUGUCCAGGAAAUUCUAUACUGGCAGAGCCAGACGAUGCAGAUGAUGUACGGAGUUAUAGCGAAGGAGCUGACGUCGAUGCAGAUGUUAGAUGCUCAUCCUUUGGAUUACCUCAACUUUUACUUUCUUGGUAAAAGAGAACAACUUCCAGAAAGCUUGAUGGACAACAAUGGCGGCAACGGCAACUCGGUACCGGAUUCGUAUAAGUUCAAGAGGUUCAUGAUUUAUGUGCAUGCGAAAGGGAUGAUAGUAGAUGAUCAAUACGUAAUCAUCGGAUCCGCAAAUAUAAACCAAAGAUCACUGGCUGGCACUAAAGACACCGAAAUAGCAAUGGGCGCUUAUCAACCUCACCGCACGUGGUCUGCUAACCGCAAACACCCUCGCGGCCAGGUUUACGGAUACAGAAUGUCGCUAUGGGCGGAACAUCUGGGCGGGACGAGUAGGCAUUUCGUGGAGGCAGAGGACGUGGAAUGUGUGAGAGCGGUGAACCAAAUCGCGGAGGAUAACUGGAACAAGUUCACGGCUGAAGAAUUCGCAGAGCUGAAAGGUCACCUCAUCAAAUACCCUCUCCAAGUCGAUUCCGACGGUAGAGUCAGCUCUCUUCCCGACUUCGAGGAUUUCCCGGACGUCGGCGGUAAGAUCAUCGGAGCUCAUUCCGUUGCUCUUCCUGACGCCUUGACGACUUAGCUGUCCGAUAUUUGUGAGAAAGGAAUGGACAAAACUCAGUUAAGUUGAAGAGGUGAAGUAAUAAUGUGUUGGAAGAGCAUAGAGUGUGGUUCUAUUUGGUGUGUUGUGUUAUUUUUUGCUGUAAAAUUUGGUAAACAUCAUUUUCUUAAAACUUUUAGAAGAAACUAAAUAAUGGAUUUGGUGAAAAUAUUUUUUGACAUGAUUC